ACUUCUUGUUUUGUUUGGAUUUUAAGUGUAAACCAACAAGAAUGCUGUAGUUUGUGUAUAGCCUUAAAUGUGUUUGAGGUCAUUUACUAAGAGGAACCAACCUUUCAAAAAAAACUAAGAGGAACCAAAUUGGUUCUCUAAUUUUCAAAUCCUUUGCAGUUAAUUCCUGAGAUUUUUUUUAAUUAAAUUAAGGACAAAAGUCUUUUUAGUGCCUAUGUAUCGUGGGCUUACUCACAUGGUUUUUGCUUUUCCUAUGUGUAAAUUUUUGUAUUACUUUAGAUUCCUCUAAAAAAUUUAACCAUUUUAAAUCCCUAAUCUUCAACCUUCUUCCUCAUCCUUUUCCCUUCUCCUUCUACUUACACAACUCAAACCUAACAACCUAAAAAAUCAUCUUUGAAAUCCAGAAAUUCAUCCCCAACCCAAUCCCUCACAACCUAGAAAAAAAAUCAAAAUUCUAUGAGCAAAACCCCUCUCCAAAAUCUUCAUAACCCAAAUUUAAAAAAAAUGCUCAAAUCGAGUUUACCCAGAAACGUAGGUCUUCUUCCCAAAGAGGGACUCAUCCCACUUUGAAAACUUACACGAAAAAUUAGAGGAAUAAUGUGUAAAAGUGAAUGUGCCAAAGGAUUUGAAGUCCAUGGCUGAAUUUGAAAAAAAAAAACUAAAACAUAAGUAUUUAAUAAGCCUUGUGAAGACACGAAAGUUUAAAUGUAAUUUGAAGAAUUGUGGCCAUCUUGUUACUAUCUAUGAAUUUGACAUUGUCAUUGUCUCGAACGCAGCUGCAUGUGAGGCAAUGGAAAUGGAGGUGGAGACCCUCCUUCUUCUCCUCCUCCUCGCUUCCACACGCUGAUGAACAGGCGCAGCAGCUGCUCCGCCGUUGCUCCAAUCUGAGCCACCUCCUUCAGACACAAGCCUUCAUGCUCACCCGAGCUCUCGACCAAGACCACAUCCUCCUCUCGCAAUUCAUCCACACCUCUGCAUCUCUUGGUUUUUCCUCUCACGCUUACUCCAUUUUCACCUCCUCCAAUCACCGACCACCCAGCAUCUUCAUCUACAACAACAUCAUCUGGGCUCUCUCCUCCUCCAACCCCACACGCGCCGUCGCUCUUUUCAACUCCAUUCGCCUUCAAAACUUGCGACCCGACUCUUACUCUUUACCUUUCGCUUUGAAGGCGGUUGUUUCUUUAUCUGCCGUCGUCGUCGGUGAGCAGAUUCAUUGCCAAGCUUUUGUUACCGGGUUGGACUCCCAUCCCUCUGUGGCCACAUCACUCGUUCACAUGUACUCUUCCUGCAGUAACAAUGUUGCUUCUGCUCGGAAGGUGUUUGAUGAAUUCGUUGGACAUGGUUCGGUUUCGCUCUGGAAUACCAUGCUUGCAGCUUAUGCCAAGGUUGGUGAUAUGUGCAGUGCAAGCAACUUGUUUGAAUCUAUGCCUCAAACAGAUAAGAAUGUUGUUUCAUGGACUGCACUAAUUUCAGGUUAUGCACAGACUGAUAAUCCUAAUGAGGCCAUCAUGCUUUUCCACAGAAUGCAGCUCCAAAAUGUGCAGCCAGAUGAAAUUGCAAUAUUGACUGUGCUCUCUGCCUGUGCUGAUUUGGGUGCUCUUCACUUGGGGGAGUGGAUUCACAACUACAUCGAAAAUGAAAAGCAUGAGAUACUUAAGAAUAGGGUUGUCCCUCUUUAUAACUCUCUCAUACACAUGUAUGCCAAAUCAGGCAACAUAAGUAAAGCACUCCAAGUGUUUGAAAAUAUGCAGCACAAAACGAUUAUAACCUGGACAACGAUGAUUGCGGGGCUUGCUUUACACGGUCUAGGAAAUGAGGCCCUUCGUUUAUUUUCUCGCAUGGAGAAGGCUCGAGUUAAGCCGAAUGAAGUCACCUUCAUCGCAGUCCUCUCUGCUUGUAGCCAUGUCGGGUUGGUUGAACUGGGACAAGAUGUUUUCACGUCGAUGAGGUCGAAAUAUGGAAUUGUGCCUGAGAUUGAGCACUAUGGCUGCAUGGUUGAUUUGCUUGGACGUGGUGGCUACCUUGAAGAAGCAAAGGAGCUAGUUAGGGUGAUGCCGUUUGAGGCGAAUGCAGCUAUAUGGGGAUCCCUUCUUGCUGCCGCAACUAGAUGCGGUGAUGCUGAGCUUGCAGCGGAAGCUUUGCGUCACCUGAUAGUGCUCGAACCCCAGAAUUGCGGGAAUUAUUCACUCUUGUCAAAUACGUAUGCUGCGCUUGGAAGGUGGAGUGAAGCGCGGAUGGUGAGGAAGGUGAUGCGGGAUAAAGGUGUGGAAAAGGUUGCAGGUAUGAGUUUUAUUGAGGUGAACAACAUAGUCUAUGAAUUCAUUGCGGGAGACAACAAAUUAAACAUGUACUUUGUUGAAGUCUUGCAUAGCUUAGAUGGGCAACUAAGGUUGAUUGAUUAAUGAUUUAUCUAAAAAGCGUGUACAGGAGGACCUCUAUCUGUGUUUGUAUUCACCUUGUCGCAAACGGACCUUGAGAGUCUCUUUCAUAUUUGUGACAUUGGAAUGUGAAAUCUAAGUUCACAUGCUCCAAAUGGAGGUUUUGGAAGAAAACCAAACAUCCAAGUCUGAUGCAAAUUAAACAAUGUUAUCAAGUCUCGAGCACAUACAAAUUGUGUAGAGAGAGUUGGCUCAAUUAUGAUGUGAAUAUUCUCGACUCGAACAAAAUUGG